AUGGCAUCGCAAGCGAGAAAGAGAGUUGAUGCCCUAGUUCGCGGCAAAGAUGGCAGUGCCUUUGCUCAAUGCGAAGAGUGUAAGAAGGAUGUUCCGGUGGCACUCAUCAGCAUGCACAGUUGCAGUCUCGAAGCUAAAAUCAAAAUGAAUCUCGAGGCUCAGGUUGUUGAACAGCCUGCUGAAGUCAAGAAGACAGAGAGGAAGAAACCUACGUGUAAAGAACCAAAGGCAAAACGGGCCAAAGUUGAGAAGGGGAAGAAGGUCAAGGAUCCUAACAUGCCCAAGCGUCCUCCCACAGCCUUCUUUCUCUUCUUGGAUGGUUUUAGAAAAACUUUUAAGGAAGCAAAUCCCGAUUCUAAGGAUGUUAAAAGGGUUGGUAAAGAGGCUGGUGAGAAGUGGAAGUCUAUGACUGAUGAAGAGAAGAAACCUUAUUUCGAUAAGUUUGUUGAACGCAAGGCAGAAUACGAGAAGGCUAUGGAAAGUUAUAAUGCUGCUGAAGAUGAAGAUCAAGAGGGGUCUGAUAAGGAAGCCACUCCGGGAGAAGUAGAAGAGAUAACUGAUGAGGAGUAGUAGUAGUGGCAAUUUGAAGCUUCUUAAACAUGG